AUGCUCUCGCGACGAAUCGUCACGCUCAACUGCGGUGGUGGUCGCCGGCUUUCCGCGGACUCGCGACGCCGUCUUCUCUGCCCCUCCCCUCUCUCCCCACUGCCCGGACUUCCCCUCACCGUGCGGCACCGCGCCAUUCGGCCCUUCCUCUCUGCCCGCCCCGCUCUUCCCGUGAAACUCCGCCGCAGCCCAGCUUGUGCCUCGCCUUGCCAUGCUUUGCCAUGCUGCGAUGUGCGUCUUGCUUUAUCCCCAUCGUACCUCUCGUCUUGCCUAUACUCUUGGCUCUUCUACGCUACCUAUCGUCCCUUCUCGAUCCCCUUCCCCCUCUUCACUCCUCUACCCCUUGUUUCUCGUCCCAUUGCCGCCCUUCCGCCUGCCCCUUCGCGUUCUCGUCCUCUUCUUCCUUUCGUCCCUUGGUAUGUUCCUUCCAUCGACGGUGUGCUGUCGAACCGCGUUUCUCUCGUUCUUUACCCCUCCAUGCCCUUAUCCACUAAAACCCCUCUACAAGUCCACGACCCUUGCCGGUUCUCUCAACCAUCGUCCCCAUCGCCGUCGUCGUCGUCAUCGUCGUCGUCGUCGUCGUCGUCUUCGUCGUCUAGCACGAAUAAGGUCCUUACGAAUACGCGAUGCGAUAUAGAUAGGAUAACAAUGAAAAAGAAUAAAGUUCCCUUAUAUAUACAUAUACAUCUUGUGCACACGCGAGCGAUCGCCGUCUUCGAGACUCAACGUGUCCGAGUUUCCGGUCGGCCGACUGUUCGCAGCAGCAGCGAGGGAACGAGGCUUGGCGCAGUGAGGCGAGGUGAGGUAAAGCGAGGAGUGGCGAGAGGAGGCGAGGUGAGGCGAACGGUUGGCCGCUCGCUUGGUCGUCGUGAAAUUUACGAGCGACGCGAUUUUUUCGCCCGUGUCCCGAACGCCCGUUUAAUUUCCCGCGAUUCUAGGAUCUCUCUCGUCUCUAAAAUAUAGAGGAACAGAGAGGAAUGGAACAGGAAAAAGACAGAGAGAGAGAGAGAGAGUGAACCGAACCUGUGGCAAAACCCUUAAAUCCGACCUUCCCUCCUCUCCUGUACAGCUCGGCCCCUAGGGAAGAGCCGGAUUUAUGAGCACGGCCUAAAAUCCGUACGCGAACGACGGCAGAGUUACGGAGCUAGAGAGAGCCGCGAGUGUAUAAGGAGGAACGCCGCGGUAAUUCGCGGAUAAAUUUACCGUGCCUCCGGCGGCGUAUUUACCGUGGUAAAUACACGCUCGGACACACCGGCGCGACCGGCACCUACGUCGAUUUCUUUUUCGCGGCCGAACGAGUCGCCCUACCCUGCCGAUAAUUAUCGUGCGCUUGUGCGCGCGCGAGACUACGCACGCUCACGUUUGCGCUCGAACGCCACGCCAGCUUUGGCCUUCUUCGAGUCCCACUUUGCUCGAAUCGACACGGCCACGACGGAGGACGCACAAUGACGACCAAGCGAGAAGAAAACGACGUUAUAUUACCUGUGCGUUCAUAGAUGGGGAAACUGGGAAUACCUCGAAUGCUACGGAUUUUUCGCUCGUUCCAGAAAUAAUCGUACCCCAAAAUAUAUCGGGCUCUCCUUCCACUCGCACGCGCGCACGCACACAUAUACAUACAUAUACAUAAAACAUGGUGUGCGCACGAUAAGCGGACGUUAAAGGGGAACGCGCACUGGUUAGAGGGAAAAAACGCGUUCGCGUUUUACGUAACGCGCGGCGAACCGUUCGAAUCGAGUGGCGGGAUGAAGAGGGUAGGGAGGAUCAAUCAAAGUCGAACAUCGAUGACGAUAACGAUAGAACCAAAAGAAGAAUAAAGAGAAGAUGCUAAUCAUUAACCUGAAAGGAAAAAAUAAGCAAACAUUUUCGAAUUUAUUACGUUCAUCAAUAUAUAUGUAUAUAUAUAUAUAUAUAUAUGUGUGUAUAUAUAUAUAUAUAUAUGUAUAUAUAUAUAUCUCCCAAUAUUAGGUACUCGUAUACAUAUUCUCGGUAUUCAUAAUCAUCGCGUUUGUACAUAUAUAAACUACAUACGAUAUUUAUCGAUAAAAUUGGUGGUAGGAAAGGCAAGAGUGCGGUCUGUACCGUUAUCGAGGUUAAACGGCGUUACGAAAAUAUUUCGAGCGCGCACAGAGAUCGAAAAGAUAGCGGUGGCGCGCGGACGUCACCGGAUACACCUUAUCGAUCUCGAUAUCGGUGGCUCGUCGAGAGAGAAAGAGACGACGCGGUCGGACGUACGGCGGCCGAUUAACGAACGGAGAGUCGCGCAAAGGGGAAAGGACGAAGGCGUGAAAGAGA